GGAAUAGCCACUUCCGAACUUUAAGCUGUGUUUACUUGUUAUUUUUGUGUUUCUGGAUGGAAGUUUAAUGCAGUAGCAUUAUUUCCCACAAUUCCACCGGUAAUAGGUAACUGUAAACAUCCAAGAUGGCGACCAUGGUAGGUCAAAACAUGACCUAUUAUUGACGAUAAUUCUGUUCCCAGAAUCUGAGACAGAGCUACUUGGUGCGGAUCUUGAAAUGUCACUUCCUAGGGAUGUUGGACUUCUGUCCCCAGAAAAUAUAACAGAAGAAGAAUGUCCGGCUGAUGAAUAUUCCAGAGAAGAGAUAAUCAAAAUAAACCUGAAACAACACUUGAUAUACAUCAGUCAUUGUAUCAAACCAGAUGAUCUGAUUUUACAUCUGCACUGCUUUUCUGAAGAACAAAAGACAGGUGUUCUCUCUGAGAAAAAUCUCAUAAAGGCAUCAAGAAAGGCCCUAGAAAUGUUACUACAUGAUGUUGAGGAACCAGGGAGAUUUGUUGAACUGAGGGAUGCUCUUUCUGAAAAUGAUGGUUAUCCAAUGAUUGUGAGUAUCCUGGAUGGUAAUUAUAACCCAGAGGAUCAAAACUACGUCAAGGUUGUAGAACUCUGUACACCCGAAAUAAUCAUGCAUCUAGAACCAUCAGAACUAUUGCCCCAUCUUCUGCAAAAAGGCGUUUUCAAACAAAUGGAUGUAGAAGAAAUAAGAGCAGAAGAAAAAAAUCAUGGGAAGAUGAGAGCUGCUUGUCUUUUACUGUUGUACCUACCACGUCGCACUGUGGAAUGGUUCAGAUGUUUUUUGCAGGUCUUGAUUAGUUGUGACCUUGAGGAUAUUGCUGAAAUGCUUGAUCCAGACAUGUUCAAAGUGUUACAGAUGCCAGAUAAAAAUCAACUGCAGCUUCCAAAAGAAAUUACUGACAUGGAUGGUGAGACCAUUGAAACAUAUAUUAAGGCUCUUGAAAAGGGGAAAACUGAAUACAACAAUAUUAGAAUAAUGGUCGUUGGACAUUUUAAGGCUGGGAAGACUACAUUAGUUAAGAGACUUUUUGGUCAGUUUGAGGAUCAGGAAACCACACCAUCAACAAAUGGAAUAGAAACACAUGUUCGACAGUGUAAAUUUAUUUCAGAUGAUGAAAAUGAAAAGAUCACUUGGAAACUGUUGAAAGACGGAAACAAAACAAACUGGAGACAAGUAUUGUUGCAGAAAACGCAAAGCAUUACUGCAGAUGAUACCAGUGUGGAGAAAGUAGAAACUACCUUGGUUAAAGAAUCAGAAAAACAACCUGAUGGCAUCGACAAACAUGUCGAACGGAGUGAUGCUGCAGUUGACAUCGACACACAUGUCGAACGGAGUGAUGUUGCAGUUGUACCUCAGUCCAGCGAAGAACGCAAGCACAUAAUUACGAAAGAAGUUAAAGUACGAGGUCUGUCAGGGAAAAGUGAAGGAGAACAGACCCCAAAACAGCAUAAAUUGAACCAACAAGAAUGUGUUAAG